CCACCCCAACCCGGCCUACAGGAUGGCUUGGGUUGGGUCGCUUUCUGCUUUAGUUCUCGUCCAGACUUCAGUGACAUCGGGACGGUCUUUGGGGUUCGGCAAGAUGUCCUUCUUCAACACCUUCGAGAAUUUCCUGGACAACCUCACCGACCGCUUCAGGAGUGACCUCGAACUCAACCGGCGCGAGGACAGGGAAAUCGAGGUCGAGAACGAACGCAACGACACAGCCAAUGAAGUGGAUUCACUGACCACCGCCCCCAAGGUCGUGGCCGUGGACUUCCAGGCAAAACCCAACGCCGUGAACCAUUUCUGCGACAAGUACGAGAUCGUCGAGCGCCAACAGUCGGCUAUCGUCCUUCGCAGGGGCGGGAGCUUCACCAUCGAAGUGGAGUUCAACCAGGAGCUGGAGUUGAAGAAGACGCAUUCGGUGAAGCUCUCUAAUUUGGGGUUGUUUAAUUUUGGUCAGCGUCCGAGUGCGGCGAAGGGGACGCAAGCCGCUCUUCAGGUGUCGGGCAAGAAGCUCUUCGACAAGAACCACGAGGAGUGGGAUGUGCGGGUGGACGGCCAGAACGGGAAGAAGGUCUCGCUCGAAAUUCAGAUCCCCACGGACGCCCCCGUGGGUGUCUGGAACCCCGCUGUGGAGGUGAGUCUCAGAAAAUCCUCCGACUCAGAACGACACCUUCUCCGCUCCGACACACACAUCUACAUUCUCUUCAAUCCCUGGAACAAGCACGAUGGGACGUACCUGCCGGACGAAGAGAAACGAGACGAAUACGUUCUGGCUGACGUGGGGAAGAUCUGGGUGGGCAACUACCCCUACCCCCACGGACGCCCUUGGGUCUUCGGGCAGUUCGACGACGCUGUGCUGCCGGCGAGUGUGCUGCUGCUGGAGAGGUCGGGCAUCGCGCCGGAGUCCCGUGGCGACCCCAUCCGCGUGUCCAGGGCCAUUUCCAAGAUGGUGAACAGCAACGACGACAACGGCGUGAUCGUGGGUCGUUGGGACGGCAAGUACGAAGACGGGAAGUCCCCCUCGUCGUGGUCAGGCUCCAUCAAGAUCAUGGAGGAGUACAUCAGGAGCAAGCGCCCGGUCCGGUACGGCCAGUGCUGGGUCUUCGCCGGAGUCGUCAACACAGUAUGCCGUGCUCUCGGUCUGCCCAGUCGAGUGGUCAGCAACUUCGCCUCUGCACACGACACCAACGUCUCCCUCACCAUUGACGAAUACGUGGACGAGAAAGGAGACGAGAUCGACUCCUCAUACCGCGGCGUGACCCCUGGAGGUCUCUACGAUUCAAUUUGGAAUUUCCACGUUUGGAAUGACGUGUGGAUGACCCGACCUGACCUGCCACAGGGUUACAGCGGCUGGCAGGUCAUCGACGCGACGCCACAGGAGACGAGUGAUGGCUCCUUCCAGUGCGGACCGGCUUCCCACGAGGCCAUCCGCAGAGGUCAAAUGGAGUUCAAGUACGACGUGCCUUUCGUGCUGGCCGAGGUCAACGCCGACGUCGUGCACUGGCAGAAGGACGACACGGCCCAGGACGGGUUCAAGAAGCUCACCACGAACAAGAGGAGCGUCGGACGUCAAGUGCUCACGAAGAAAGUGGGACCCAUAGAUAACAGCGGUUACUCCAACGCCGACAAAGAAGACAUAACACUCGAAUACAAGCCACAGGAAGGAACAACAGCUGAGAGAGUCACCCUACUAACAGCUGCUCGAAGGACCCGUGCAGCCCGACACGCCUUUCGCCUGAUGUCCCAAGAGGUCGAUGAUGUCGAAUUCACCGUCGAGGAUUUAGAGAGAGUUCCCAUUGGCGAGGGAUUCACCGUGACCCUCAACUGCAAGAACGUAAGCGAAGCCAAGAGAACAGUGAGUGUGGUGAUGACCUCCACUAGCAUGUACUAUACAGGGGCUCCCGCAUACCCGAUUAAGCGUCGAGAGGGAGAAAUAGUCCUCGAAGUCGGAGAAACCAAGAGCAUGACCAUGGACGUGACCUAUGGCGACUACUACGAGAAACUGGUCGAACACGCCAUGAUCAAGAACUUGGCCAUCUGCACCGUCGCCGAGACCUCCUACGCUUGGGUGGGCGACGACGCCAUGGAGAUACAGAAGCCGGAUAUCAAGAUCGAGAUCCUGUCGGAGGCCGUGGCGGGGCAGCCUCUCGCCCUCAGGAUCUCCUUCACCAACCCCCUUCCGAUAACCCUCAGGCGGUGCAAGCUGGAGGUCGACGGGCCCGGCCUCCUGCGACCCAAGACUAUAGAGAUCAGCAAUGUGGGUCCGAACGAUCUCAUGGUCCACGAAAUGAAGGUUUUCCCAAAGAAACCGAAGCACUGCACCGUGGUCGUGACCUUCAACUCCAGUCAGCUGUACAACCUUUCGGGGUCAACGCAGGUCACCAUCAAUCCGGCAGAGUGAUCGUCAGGGAGCGGUGACCUUGGGGUGAGCUGCGAGGGGAAGGAUUUUGGAAGAAUGGAAUCUGAAGAAAAAGGAUAAAGAAGGAAAAGAAAAAAGAUACAGGGUGUUCAUUUUUUUGGCGCGUUUCUUGUUUUCUUUUUUCUAUCGGAUUUAGAUGAAUGAAAUUUUGAGAAAAAAUAUAUAUAUAUGGUGUCCAUUUUUUUGACGCAUUUGCAGGUUAUUCAAGAAUUUAGAAGAAAGGAAAACAGAAAAAUCCCAUUGGAUUAUUCUUACGUAUUUGUCGGUUAAUUCACAAAUAAAAAAACGAAAAAAAUAUCAUGAUCUUGUUCAUUUUUAGUUGUUAUUUGACGAACCAAAUAACUAUUCAUCCUGACACUUAUUAUAGGAACAUGGUGCCUCGUGCAAGUAUUAUUGCAACCGAUUUAUGCUGGAAAAUUGCAUGAUUUUUACAAGAAGUUUCUGUUGGUAAAUUACAUGAUUUUCACAACCUGCUUAUGUUGUUUAUGUUAGCGUAUUGUAUGAUUUUUACAAGAAGUUCAUGUUGACAAAUUACAUGAUUUUUAAAAGGUUGAUGUAACGAGUUGCAUGUUUUUUUCCAAGAAGUUUAUGUUGGCGAUUUCACAUGAUUUUCACAACCUGCUUAUGUUGGCGAUUUGAAUGACUUUUACAAGCAGUUUAUGUUGGUGAUUUGCAUGACUUUUACAAGCAGUUUAUGUUGGUGAUUUGCAUGAUUUUCUCACAAGCAGUUUAUGAUAGCGAAAUGCAUGACUUUUACAAGCAGUUUAUGUUGGCGCAUUGCGUGAUUUUCACCAGCAGUUUAUGUUGGCAAAAUGCAUGAUAUUCACAAGCAGUUUAUGCUGCAUGAUUUUUACAACCAGCUUAUUUUGGCGUAUUUCUUUUUUUUUUUUUUUUUUUUUUUUUUUUUUGGCUUCUAGUUUUAAAGGUAAAGCAAUAAUCUUCUUUUCCACAUUAAAGCAGUGGUGAUAGGCCUACAAGGAACACAUCAUGAUUUCCAGUGAUUAAAUUCCUAUGUAUAAUCACCAUGACAUUAUAAUAUCUCCGACAUGUUUUUUCGUUUUUGUUUUUGUUUUUUUGUUUUUUUCAUUUCAUGUGUGCAUUUGUCAAUAAAAGAUGACAUGAAAA